GUAAAGGUUAUCUUUAUACCUAAGCCAGGACGACAAGAUUACACCUUGGCUAAAUCCUACAGACCAAUUAGCUUAACAUCAUUCUUGCUGAAAACGCUAGAAAGACUAAGCGAAAAAGAGAUUCGGGAGACUGCUUUGAGCAAGCAACCUCUACAUCCGAACCAACAUGCCUACAUCCAAGGAAGAUCCACCGAUACGGCCCUACACACAGUUGUAAACCGUAUAGAGUGGGCGAUGGAGAACAAACUCUUCACCUUAGGAAUGUUUUUGGAUAUUGAAGGAGCGUUUGAUAAAACGACCUUCAAAAGCAUAGAACUAGCCCUACGAAAGCACGACGUGGACCCCACCCUAAGUAGGUGGGUGGCCAGUAUGCUGAGGAACAGGGAAGUAAUGAUUAAUGUAGGUGGCACUGAGAUCGAGGCUGUUGUAGACAGGGGAUGUCCUCAGGGAGGAGUUCUCUCUCCUGUACUGUGGGAUACUGUCGUUGACAGCCUGAUACGACGCCUCAAUGAUCUUGGCUACCACACAAUUGGAUACGCGGACGAUCUAGUCAUUCUGCUAACAGGAAAAAACGCAGAUACAUUAUGUGAGAUAAUGCAAGCUGCAGUAAAAAUAGUCGAGGAAUGGUGCAACAGACAUACCCUCUCCGUUAAUGGAGAAAAGACGAAACUAAUCCUGUUCACCAGGAAAAGGAAAAUUGGCACACUACAGAUGCCAAAAAUAUUUAACACAACGCUUCAACUUUCGGACGAAGUCAAAUACCUGGGAGUUGUAUUGGACUGGCGACUGAAUUGGAAGAAGCAUGUAGAUGAUAAAGUAGAAAAGGCACGCUCGGCUCUCUGGCAAUGUCGUAGGGUGGUGGGAAGGUCGUGGGGUUUAAAUCCCAAGAUCGCCCUUUGGAUCUACACGGCAAUAGUCAGACCGAUGCUGUGCUAUGGAGCUUUAGUUUGGUGGCCCAGAGCCAGACAAAAAACAACAGCCCUGCAACUUGAACACGUUCAGAGAAUGGCGUGUCUCAGUGUUACAGGAGCAAUGAGGACCACUCCCACAGCGGCUCUGGAGACUCUUCUUUGCUUAGCACCUCUCAACCUUUACAUAGAGGAAGCGGCAAUGACGACGUCUCUAAGACUUCACUCUCUGGGAGUAUGGAACAAGCAAGGCCGCACAACGAAGCACACUCGGAUCUUAACGGAGGCGUUCAACAGAAUACCCUUGUUGAGGAUGGGUUGUGACCGAAUGGGCACAAAAUUAAUAUAUGAGAAGACAUAUAGAAUAUCAAUGAGUGAUAAUUCAGAAGGACGAGCCGACAUAGAUAUCUAUGUCGAUGGUGCCAAAACAGAUAGUGGUUCAGGAGCCGGCAUCUACUCCGAACAACUGAACGCACAAAUCAGUGUACCUCUCGGCACCCACACGUCUGUCUUACAAACAGAAUUGAUGGGAAUAAUGCUGGGAGCUAGAAUCAUUGCUGAACGUGAAAUCGGCAACAAAUCAAUACGCAUACUUACUGACAGCAAGUCUGCACUACUAGCCCUGGACAGCUGUAUGGUUCGAUCCGGGCUGGUUUGGGAGUGCAGACAAACGCUAAAGUAUGUAACGCAGAGGAAUAGAGUGGUACUUUGUUGGAUCAAAGGACACAGUGGCAACGAAGGAAACGAGAGGGCAGAUGAGAUGGCGAAGCGAGCCGCGCGUAUGCCCUUCUGGGGACCCGAACCGGCAAUCACGCCUUCGGUCGCCCUCUCGAACGAACUCGUAAAGCAAUAUACCCACAGACGCCAUGAGCAGAUAUGGGCGACGUUGAGCAGCUGUCGGCAUAGUAGAGCUUGUAUGGCGACACCAGACCGUAAGUUGACAAAAUUUUAUCUCUCACUUUCAAGGGACAAACUGCGUAAACUGGUAGGAUUCCUUACGGGACAUUACCAGUUUAACAAACAUCUACAUACGAUAGGGGUAGCAACAGACCCAAUCUGUCGUGGAUGCAAUGAAGAAGAGGAAACAGCUGAGCACAUUCUUCGUGAGUGUCCAGCCCUAGCCUCCUACAGGGAAUCCAUACUAGGGGACAUCUGGCCUAGUAUGGCAAAUAUCAGGGAGUUUCCACCCUCUGCAUUACUCAAGUACAUUCAAGCAGUUGGAUGGCUUGACGAGUAGAGGAGCGGGAAAACACCCUGAUAUGGACUUGGGGAAGGUACAAUGGGCCCAAAGGCGAGGCCUAAGUGCCGGCUGGCUACGGUCAGCCCCCAUAAAUUAAGAAUCCAGAAUCCAGAAGAUGCCUACGUUGGGUGGUUUGACGAGUAGAAGAGCGGGAAAACACCCUGAUAUGGACUUGGGGAAGGUACAUACAAUGGGCCAAAGGCGAGGCCUAAGUGCCGGCUGGCUACUAUCAGUCCCCAUAAAUUAAGAAUCCAGAACUACAAGUGUGUUUUUAUAUUCAUCGGUUCCAAAUUAUUGAGCUUAAUUCCUACAUUACAUUAGAGAUGGAUUUUAAAACUAAUAUGAAGUCGUGGAUGGAAAAAUUACUAAAAAAUGAGAAUAUUGAUAAUUUAGAUGUGGCUAUAUUAGGAAAUUCAGAAAAAGGCGAUGGUUAUAUGGGAGAUAUCGUGUUUGCUGAAGUAAAGGGUACCACGACAGAAGGAAUCUGUAAGAAAUAUAAUAUUGCUCUAAAAUGCUCCAAAAGUAGUCCGUCUCUCAGAGAAAAAUCGUCAGUGAAAGAAGCUUUUCUCAACGAAAUUUACUUCUACGAUGUUAUUUUCCCCAGUUUCAAGAAAUUUCAGCAAGACAGGAAAAUUGAUAAACUAUUUGAAAAUGUACCGAUAUGCUAUGGUACUUUGAGCAAUGGUAAUAUGGAAGUUCUGGCCUUAGAAAACCUAAAAAGUAAAGGUUACAUUUUAUGGAAUAAAGCGAAACCUUUAACUAGAAAACAUAUUGAUAUGAUCGUCGCAGAAUAUGGAAAAUUUCACGCAAUUUCAAUAGCCAUGAAAGAUCAAGAGCCCAGAGCUUUCCAAAAAUUGAUAGAUGGUAUAGAAAACAUGUUUAAAAAAUUCCAGGAAACUUGUGAUAUAGUUAAUGUUUAUGAACGAAUUUUUGAUGAAAUUUAUAACUUGUUGAAAAAUGAAUUGGACGAAGAUAUAUUGGACAAAUGGCAAGGUUUCAAACUACAACUGCGAACUUUUUUGUUUCAAAUUAGUGAGCACGUGGAAGGAGAAAAUGUGAUUCUUCAUGGUGAUUGUUGGAAUAACAAUUUUAUGCAUUACCACAAGAACGAUCAACCGUCUACAUUUGCCAUUUUAGACUGGCAAUUGAUAAGAUAUUCAUCCCCUGUUUUCGAUUUGUCGUACCUUCUGUUUGCUUGUUUAUCAGAAGAGGACAUAUAUGAUAUGGAACAAAUUAAAAAACAUUACCAUGAGUCCUUGUUGGAGCACUUGGAAAAAUUGGGUUCAUGUACUUCCUUGUAUCCAGUACACCAAUUUUUAGAAGAAUGGAGAAAACAUGGCAAAUUUGGCCUUUUAAUAGUAACACUCGUACACAAGAUUUGUUUGGCAGAAACCAACGAAAUUCCUGAUGUGGGUGAAGCAGCUGACAAAGGAGACGAUAUUGCUACAGGGUUUGGACAACCUAUUAAGAAUACCACGGAUUACAAAAAAAGAAUGAAGUAUAUCAUUAAAUAUGCCGCAGAAAAUAAUUUAAUUUAAAGAAGUUGCUUUUGUGUUUUAAUAAAAUUUAAAACAGAUAGAAAAUAAAUAAUUUGCUUAUUUCGUAACACUAAAGAAAAAAAUAUUAGAAUAACAAAAUUUUUCUCAGUGUGA